AGAGUUGUCUUGGAGUAUCAUACAGAGAUGGUAGAAUUUGUGAUACCCAGUCCAGGUCUGCAUUUGGCUCUCAAUGCUUGUGCAGCAGCGGCAGUUGCAACUCUUUUAGGAGUUUCUCUUUCUCAAGUUGGAAUUUGUCUAUCAGCAUUUACUCCCGUCAAAAUGAGGUCAGAGCUUGAAGUUGCUAGAAAUGGAGUCAAGAUAGUCAAUGAUGUUUACAAUGCCAAUCCUGUGAGCUCCAGAGCUGCCAUUGACUUAUUGAAGAGUAUUGAUUGCAAGGGCCAAAAAAUUGCCAUACUUGGUGACAUGUUAGAACUCGGGGCCAUUGAGUACGUUGGAGUCUCACAAGAUGAUUCUUAAGCAUUGUCAUAGUGCUCAUGAUAUUGAUUUAAUUGGCCUAGUUGGGAAGAGGUUCUGCACAGCAGCCAAGGAUAUGAAUUUGCUUGAAGAGUUUAAUAUUGUGUGCUCUCUUGAGCCGGCCAGAAACUUUUGCAGAGGAAAUUGUGAA